AUGUUAUUUGAGCGGGGGCCGCGGGCCUCGGCGAUCGCAGAGCAGAGGAUGCAGAAAGCCGCCUACUACGACAACGCGGGGCUCUUCGGGGGCUACACCUACAACAAGGCCGACGCCUACCCCUACGGCGCGGCCCACCAGCCCUACGGCCAGGCGGGCCUGGACGGCGAGUUCCCCGGCUCCGCCUGCUCCGUGCAGGGCUCGGCGCCCGGCCGCGCUCCGGCCCACAAGGGCAGCGAGCUGAGCGGGAGCUGCAUGCGGCCGGGCGGGGGCGGCCCCGGGGGCAGCCAGCCCCCAGGGAUCGGCGAGCAUCAGCCCCCGGCCCUGCCGCCCUCCUCCCCGCCCAACCCCCCUCCCAGUGUGCCCCCUCCGAAAAAAGUCAAGGGGGGCCCCAACUCCUCGGGCUCGGCCAGCGCCACCCUCAGCAAGCAGAUAUUUCCUUGGAUGAAGGAGUCCCGGCAGAACUCCAAGCAGAAAAGCACCUGCGCCCCCCCAGGAGAGAGCUGCGAGGACAAGAGCCCCCCCGGGCCGGCCUCCAAGAGGGUGCGAACAGCCUACACCAGCGCGCAGCUGGUGGAGCUGGAGAAGGAGUUCCACUUCAAUCGCUACCUGUGCCGGCCGCGCCGCGUGGAGAUGGCCAACCUCCUGAACCUGACCGAGCGGCAGAUCAAGAUCUGGUUCCAGAACCGCCGGAUGAAGUACAAAAAGGACCAAAAAGCCAAAGGCAUCAUGCACUCCCCCGUCGGACAGUCUCCGGACCGCAGCCCCCCUCUAAGCGGCCCAAACCACGUCGGCUACUCCAGCCAGCUCCCCGGCGUCAACAGCCUGAGCUACGACGCGCCCUCGCCCACCUCGUUCGCCAAGUCGCAGCAGAGCAUGUACGGGCUGGCCGCCUACACGGCGCCGCUCAGCAGCUGCCUGCCGCAGCAGAAGCGCUACGCGGGCGCGGAGUACGACCCCCACCCCAUGCAGAGCGGCGGCGGCGGCUUCGCCAACCCCAGCCUGCAGGGCAGCCCCGUCUACGUGGGGGGCAACUUCGUGGACUCCAUGCCGGCCUCGGGCCCCAUGUUCAACCUGGGGCACCUGCAGCACCCCUCCUCCGCCAGCGUGGACUACAGCUGCGCCGCCCAGAUCCCCGGCGGCCACCACCACGGACCUUGCGACCCCCACCCCACCUACACGGACCUUUCCUCUCACCACACCUCUCAGGGACGGAUGCAGGAGGCGCCCAAGCUCACGCAUCUGUAG